AAAAAAUAAAAAGUCAACUCUCAAGCUUACUGCACAGCAAGUUGAGAGCUCUCAACUUGCUUUAGAGCUUGAUAGUUAAUAUUGCGUCCAUUCGGUGAUCCGCUAUCCAGUGCUAACUGUUUUAUUUUAGUUAUAACUCGUGGCCAACUAUCAAAUCGUUAUGUAUGAGUCCAAUAACUUUUUUCUAAACUCUUUUAAAACUUAAGUUAAUUGUUCAUUAAUUUCAAUAAAUAUUUAUAAAUACUUACUAAAAUGAAUUAUUCGUCAACUUUAAACCUGAUCACCUUGCAAUUCAUUUUGUUUGAUUGCUAAUGAAUUUUUAACCUACAAGUUAAUAGACAAAACAUUUUCGUAGUAGUUUUUUUAUAUCCUCAUAAUCUAGUCGAAGUAGUUCGAUAUGGCUGUUCAACAGAAAUAUAGACGAGAAGAAGUUAGCGAAGUUAGUUGUUGCCUAAAGUACAUCAUAUUCAGUUUUAACGUGUUAUUUUGGAUGUUUGGUUUAUCUGUGAUGGCAGUGGGUGUUUGGGCAUGGACGGAGAAAAAUGCAUUUAAUAAUCUAAGUAAACUCACACAUUUAGCACUAGAUCCAGCUUUUGCUUUAAUUUUAAUUGGUGGAAUAACUUUUAUAAUAGGUUUCACCGGUUGCAUUGGAGCAUUGCGUGAAAACACAUGUUUACUUGGAAGUUAUGCAGUUCUCUUAGCUGUAAUUUUAAUACUUGAGCUAACUGCAGGAGUAUUAACAUUUGUAUUUAAAGAUUCUAUUAAAUCACAAGCCACUGAAGGACUUCAAACAUUCAUUGUUCAUUAUAGGGAAGACCCAGAUCAGCAAAAUCUUAUCGAUUGGAUACAAGAAGACUGGUUACAAUGCUGUGGAAUCAAAGGUCCUGAAGAUUGGGAUUUAAACAAUUAUUUUAACUGCUCUUCACAAAAGGUUGGCAGCCGAGAAGCAUGUGGAGUACCUUUUUCUUGUUGUAAACGUAAACUUAAUGAAAUAGUAGAAAACAAACAAUGUGGGUAUGAUGUGAGGAAAGAAGGAUUCUACGCUGAAAAAUGGACUAGCUUAAAUUUACCAACGCAAACAGGUGAAAGAAAUAUAUAUGAAAGAGGUUGCAUGCGGGCUGCUGAGGAAUGGGUUGAGGAUAAUUUUAUUGGAGUUUUAACAACAGUUAUGACUGUCACCAUAUUACAGACCGACGAUGUCGGAAAACGAGUGGACCUCAUCAUUAAUGAAAAAGGAUGUUUACAAUCUGGAGAAGAAUGGCUAGAAAGAAACAUGCUUUUUAUAGCUACUGUAUGUCUUAUCUCAGCAUUUUGUAAGAUUUUAGGCAUAUGCUUUGCUCAAAAUCUACGUGCUGACAUAUUUGCACAAAAAGGCAAGUGGCACUAGAUGGAAUUCAUCUUAAGACAUAAACAGACAAAAUUAAUAAAUAUAUAUACUUUUUUUAAAAGAGGUUUUUAAGCCUAAUCAAUAUUUUUUCAUACCUAAAAUAGUGAUAAGAAGAUUGUAGUCUUACUCUUUAGUGUAACAUUAAGUGAACAUGCAUAUUGAGUCUAUUCCUCUGAUUUUUUAGGUUCUUGAUUAAGUUUGAUUGGUUAUUUUCAUAACUAUGUAUCAUUAACGCCCUAUUUUAACAUCACAUACUCACAUAUAAUUAGAUUAGAUCAUAGUCACCUAGAUUUUUUUUUAACAACUAAUAAUACAUAUGAAAUGUAUUAAUAUGUAUUUUAUCUUGAACUAUCUUGUGAACUACAUGUUUAUAACCAUAACCAAAUUGCCUACAAUUUAAACGCACAGUUAUGAUAUCAAACUUUUAUUUUUACCGUUUGGUAGCUUUAUCCUUUUUAAAAUAUUUCUUGCGUUAUCUAUCCUUUUUAUUUUAACAUUUUCAAAGAAACAUUAAGCAGUGACCCAAAAUAACCACUCUUUUGUCAUAUCUGUAAAGUUUCUUUAUUAAAUUUACCAUACUUAGAUCUCUUUUCGGGGGAAUUUUGUCAUUGUAAUUCAAUUUAAUUUUUAAUUUUGCUCAAAAUAUCUUGAAAGUAUUAUUUUUAAAAGGUAUAUAAAUUUUUUUAGAUUUGUGCCAAACAAAUUUUAGUAUUAAUAUGCAGUUUAUUUUCAAUGAAUUUUUAAGUUAAGUUCCUACUAGUACUACUUACAUAAUUUAAAAAUUGAAUUAUGCUUAACUUCACAAGUAUACUAAUAAAUAAUUAUUGAAACGUAUGUAUUACUAACUCUACUAACAAAUUUUAUCUAUACAUUCCAUAAUAUAAUAUACAUUAUUUUGUAAAAAAAAAUUAAAAAAUAUUACCAUGAAUAAACAA